AUAUAUAUGAGGCGAUUGCUUGAACACCAUCUCUCAAAGUUCUCUACCAGCUCGCCCUGCAUUUUUGCAGGGCAACAUAAGCCAGCCAUCGAUCCAUCAUCCUCUCCUUGCUUUCCCCUAAACUUUCCCAUAUGGAAAGCAAACCGAACACCACCGUAGCCGCCGCCGCCGUCCCGGCCAAUGCCAUCGUCGUCAUCAGAGACGAGAAGAAACUGCCACAGGCGAUGCCCAAGAAGAAGCGUGGGGCGAUGCACCUCCUGAGGACCGCGUUGUUCAUGAUACGCCGUGGAUCGGGCAAAAAGUCGAAGCCGACCGUCCAAAUCGAGGUGGCCGCGAGCGGCGUGCUGAACAAGGUCGUGGGCUCGAUGCGUCCCCUGCACAUGCAGGGCCACCAGUCCCCGCCGCGCGAGGCCGCUGCCCCUGCACUGGUGCUCACGCUGCCCUCCCCAGGCGACCACUUUGUGGACGUUCUCCCAGCGUCCCCCGUGUCGACGCUGGCUAGGCCAUACUCGCCUUCUCAUUCGUCCACCUCUGGGGGGAGCACGAGCCGUUACGCCUCCGCGGUCAAUUUGCAGGAGCUCGCCGAGGGGGACUCCGAUGACGACGAGGACGACGAGGGCAGUGCCUACGAUGCAAAUGGUGGGGACGACAUGAUCGAUGCCAAGGCCGAGGAGUUCAUCGCGCAGUUUUACCAGCAGAUGAGGGCGCAGAACUACAACGAGAUGAUCCGUCGGCGCAGCAAGCGUCAUGCUCAUUAACAAUCUGUCGGUACAGACGACGUAUAUGUUGCCAUGCAUGCACGUAAUAACUAGGGUUUUCGAAAAUAAACGAUGAUCUUCGUUUGCAUAUGUUAUUGUCCAAAAAAAAAAAAAAAAGAAAUGAAAUUUGCAUAGGCCGACGGACGUCGUGUGAGGCUGAGGAGAUUGGAUUAAAAAGAGAAAAUGAUGGUGUCUAUUUAUACCUUAUGUAUUUUCAUUUUUAUUGUUACAUUUGGUGGUUGGUUUAUUCUUUUGCAAUGUUAGGACAUUAAAUUAAGGAAGAA